AUGGCCUCUGCUGUGACUGUCUCUGCUGGUGUCAUCAAGGAGUUCAAUGACAUGAAAUUGCACAAGUCCUCAAUGCCAGGAGAAGUGAAAAAAUACAAGAAGGUAGUGCUCUUCUGCCUGAGUGAGGACAAGAAGAGCAUCAUCUUGGAGGAGGUCAAGGACAUCCUGGUAUGGAAUGUGAGGCAGGCUGUGGAUGACCCUUACACCACUUUUGUCAAGGUGCUGCCAGACAAGGACUGCCACUAUGCUCUCUAUGAUGCAACCAAGGAGAGCAAGAAGGAGGAACUGGUGCUCAUCAUCAGGACCCCUGAGUGUGCAUCCCUGAAGAGCAAAAUGAUCUAUGCCAGCUCCAAAAAGGCCAUCAAGAAGAAGCUGCCAGGAAUCAGGCAUGAUUCACAAGCAAACUGCUAUGAGGAGGUCAAGGACUGCAGCACCCUGGCAGAAAAACUAGGUGCCCUCCAUUUCCUUUAUCAGCUGCCUCCAGCCUCUGCCUGGAACAUCUAG